GAAUGAAGAGAGAGGAGCUUCUGGCGUUUCUUACCUGAGGAAACUGUACGUGACUGUUGAUGGCAUCACUGUGACAAUGAUGAAAAACGGGAGAAUUCUGGUGAAUGGACUCAGGGUGUCUCUCCCUCACUCCCCAUCUCCACUCAUUUCGCUGUCUGUUGCUGGACAAUACGUAAUCCUCACAACUCCAUUUGGCCUGGAGGUGCAGUGGGACGGCAACCAUUACGCCAAGAUCUCUGUUCCUAGUUCCUACUUUGAUCAGAUGUGUGGCCUGUGUGGGGACUAUGAUGGAGACCCCAAUAAUGAUUUCACUAAGCCAGAUGGCUCCCAGACAGACAGCUCACAUCAGUUUGGCGACAGCUGGCAAACUGAUGAGGAUGAAGAUGAAACGUGCAAACCUGACCCUGGACCUCAACCACCCUGCGAUCCUGCACUGGAGGGUGUUGUGUCAAACCCAGAGAACUGUGGGAGAAUAACUGAUAUAAAUGGAGCAUUCAGGGACUGCAUAAAUGUGGUGGACCCAUUGCCUUUCUUCCAGAGCUGUGUGUUUGAUAUGUGCCGUUACGACGGGCUGCAGCAGGCUCUUUGUGACCAGCUUCAGGCUUACACUGAUGCUUGCCUGAGUGCAGGUGCACCUGUCCAUCAGUGGAGAGAGCCAGACUUCUGCCCUCUGGAAUGCCCUCCAAACAGCCAUUACUCCAUAUGUGUGAGCGCCUGUCCCGAGACAUGUCUGGGUAUCAGUGGACCACCGGGCUGCAGUGAGAAGUGUGUAGAAGGCUGUGAGUGCGACCCUGGCUUCAUCCUCAGUGACAACAAAUGUGUUCCUGUUAAAGACUGCGGCUGUGUGGACUCCUCAGGCUCCUACCAUCCAGCAGAUGAGAGCUGGUAUCUGGAGGGCUGUACACAGAAGUGUACAUGUGAGGGUGGAGGAACUAUUCAGUGUUAUAACAGCAGCUGUCUUCCUAGUGAGAGCUGCCAACUUCAAGAUGGAGACUAUGGCUGCAAACCACUUGGUACAGGCAUUUGCUCAGUUUCCGGUGACCCUCAUUAUAACACCUUUGAUGAUAAAGUACAUCACUUCAUGGGUGCCUGUUCUUACACUCUCACCAAGCCCUGUAACGAGACCUCCGGCUUGCCAUACUUUUCUGUGGAGACACAGAACGAGCACAGAGACAAUAAUAAGAAAGUGUCUUAUGUAAGAUCUGUCAUCAUCAAUGUGCACGACACAACGGUCAUUUUGGGCAAGGGUCGCAAAGUUCAGGUGAAUGGAGUUCAGGUCACUGUGCCUGUCAAACUUGCAAAUGGUAUUAAGAUCUUCCUAAGUGGCACAUUUGUGGUGCUCGAGACAGACUUUGGAUUGCGUGUCCGAUUUGAUGGAAACCAUCAUGCAGAUGUCGCCUUGCCUUCCUCCUACAGUGGACUGUUAUGUGGACUCUGUGGAAAUUAUAAUGGUAAUCCUAAUGACGACAACAUCAAGUCAGAUGGAACGCCAACAGACAGCACCAAUGAUCUUGGAGAAAGCUGGCAGGUGCCCGACGACAGACCUGAUUGUACUCACGGUGGAGGAGACCUUGACUGUGAUGACGACAUUGAGAGUGAAGCACAGAAACCCACUAACUGUGGCAUGAUCACCGACCCUAAUGGAAUCUUCAAGCCAUGUCAUGCAGUGGUGCCUCCCGGUCCUUUCUUUGAGAACUGCGUGUUUGAUCAGUGUGGCACCGAUGGCGCCACAGUGGCACUGUGCCAGGCUAUUCAAAGCUAUGCUGACCUGUGCGCUCAAGCUGGGGUGUCAAUUAACUGGAGGAAUAACACCUUCUGUCCUAUUAAAUGUCCGGUUGGUAGUCACUAUGAGCCAUGCGGUUCAGCCUGUCCAGCAAGUUGUCAGGACCCUGGAUCCGAAGGCAGCUGUUCUGAGCCCUGUGUUGAGGGAUGUGUGUGUGACGCUGGUUUUGUCCUCAGUGGAGACGAGUGUGUGCCCUUCAGCGAGUGUGGUUGCACUGACAAAGACAACAACUACAGACCUGUUGGAGACAGCUGGUUCACAAAAGAUGACUGCACAGAGCGCUGUGUUUGUUCACCUUUCAAUACAGUGACAUGUGAGGCAUGGCAAUGUGGUCCCGCUCAGGAAUGUAAGGUCAAUGAGGGUGAAUUGGGCUGUGUGAACACAGGAGUGGGCAUUUGCCACAUUGCUGGUGAUCCUCACUACUACACCUUCGAUGGCAUCAUGCACACCUACAUGGGUACCUGCACUUACACACUGGUGGCAAUAUGCGACGCCUCUAUGGUGACACCCUUCACCAUUGUGGCCAAAAACGAAGAGCGUGGCCAACCAGAAGCUUCGUAUGUUCGCUCUGUGACCGUCUACCUGCCCAAUGCCAACAUCACCAUCAGCAAGAGUGGAAGAGUAAUGGUGAAUGAACGGCGGAUAAAGACCCCCUACGACAUCAAAGAAGCCAAGGCGCGGGUGUUCACCAGUGGAGCAUACACCGUUCUAGACACUGACUUCGGCCUGAUUGUGAAGUUUGAUGGCGUGCACCAUAUUGAAAUCACAGUGCCUGGAGACUAUUUCAACAAGGUGUGUGGAAUGUGUGGUAACUACAACGGAGAUUCCUCUGAUGACAACUUGAUGCCUGACGGCAAACCAGCCAAAGAUGCCAUUGAACUUGGAGACAGCUGGAAGGCAGAGGGAGACAGUGAUCCUGGAUGCAAACCUGAUCCACGGCCUGAUGACAUCCCCAACUGCGAUGACGAUGAGGAAGAAAUCUACAAGUCACAAUGCGGAGCAACUAUCCUGUCUGAUCUCUUCAAGCCCUGUCACUCUGUCAUUUCUCCAGAUGCCUUCCUUGGGAACUGCAUCUAUGACAUGUGCGAAUACGAUGGCAUGCAGUCGACUCUGUGUGAUAACAUCGAAGCUUACGCUCAGGCCUGUCAUAGCGCUGGAGUCACAAUCAGCUGGAGAAACAGCACCUUCUGUCCUCUCCCGUGUCCACCAAACAGUCACUAUUCUGAGUGCACAGCGCCGUGUCCUCCUACUUGUGCCGAUCUCUUCCCUGUAUUCUGCCCAUUACCACCCAAUAGCUGUGUCGAAGGCUGCCAGUGCAAUGGAGGUUUUGUGCUCAGUGAUGGCAAAUGUAUUCCCCUUGCAAACUGUGGAUGUGUUGACAGCAAUGGAGAGUAUCAUGAUGUGGGAGAUUCGUGGAUAACUGACCGCUGCGAACAGAAGUGCAGCUGCAGCCGUGGAGGAGUGCUGUCCUGCAAGUCCUUUGAAUGCAAUGACAACUCAAUCUGUGACCUUGACAGCGAUGGAGACCGUUACUGCAAACAUGAGAAAUUCGAUGACUGCAGUAUUGCUGGAGAUCCUCACUAUCGUACCUUUGACAACCACAAUCACCACUAUCAAGGAGCACAUACCUAUGUAUUAACUCAGACCAACAAUCUGCCCAGCUCCCUCACCCCUUUCAUAGUCCGCGGCAAAAACCAGCGGCGAGGAGGCAUCGGCCGGGUGUCCACCCUGCAUGAGGUCUAUGUGGAUGUGUACGGCAUUACUGUUCGCAUACAGCACGAUAAGAAAGUGCUGGUCAAUGAUGAGAAAGUUGGUCUACCGUACAGUCCUGUAAAUGGAGUUAACAUAAAAACAAAGUCACGCUUUGUUACACUCACAACUGACUUUGGCCUUUCUGUGCGCUUUGAUGGCAAUGCUCAAGGAGUGGUGACUCUGCCUAGCGUAUACAGAUCUCGUGUGCUUGGCCUGUGCGGUAAUUAUGAUGGAAACAAAAAGAAUGAGUACACAAAACCAGACGGCACAGUUGCCCGCAAACUCGAUGAGUUUGGAGACAGCUGGAGAGUGAGUGACAAAGAGGUAGCUGUUCGUACCGCGUCCCUACCAAAGAUGGUGCACCUACACAAGCGUGAAGUGGAGGCCGAUCCAGAUUCAGGGUUUGAGACAACAGGCUGCACAGACGCUGUACUGGCUGAGCUGAAUGGCAAUAAAAAGUGUGGGGCUCUCAGUGACCCUGCUGGUCCUUUCGCUGCAUGUCAUGCUAAGAUUGCUCCAGAUGUCUACCAAGAGGAUUGUGUGUUUGACCUGUGUGCUGUGCAGGGCAGUGAAGAGCUGCGCUGUGAAAAUUACGCCGUCUAUGCUCGGGCUUGUCAAGAUCAGGAUGUCAAACUAGGGCUGUGGAGACAAGAGCUGAAAUGCGGUCUGCAAUGUGGGCCCAACAGCAACUACUCCAUCUGUAUGACUCCAUGCCCGGCGUCCUGCGCAGACCUGGCGGCUCCCUCUGAGUGUGAGCAAACACAGUGUGUGGAGGGAUGUCAGUGCGCCCCUGGCUUUGUCCUGAGUGACCAAGACUGUGUGCCUUACAACGAGUGUGGAUGCACUUACCUCAAUCGCUACUAUACGCUGAAGGAGACAUUUGUGACAGAAGAUUGCUCACAGAAUUGUGAAUGUACUACCACUGGUGCUGUGUGUCAGCCAAAGGGUUGUGGAAACAGCGAGGUCUGCACUGUGUACGACACCAAACGCAACUGUUAUAGAUCGACUCCAUGUUUGAGCUCACCCUGUCAGAAUGAUGGUACCUGUGUGGAUAAACCAGACGGUUCUGGUUACACCUGCACUUGCGCGGAUGAUUUUGAGGGCACAAACUGUGAGCUCUUGAAAAUCCCCCCUAAGGAUGGCCUGAGUCGAACAGCUAUUAUCUUGAUUGGAGUCCUCGUGCCCCUUGGCGUCAUCCUCAUACUCGUAGCAACUGUGUGCAUUUACAAGCAGUGCAGCUGCGAAAAGAAGAAUUAUGAAUCAAGUAAAAUAGAGCUGAACAAAAAGACAGAUCAUACCUAUGAAACUCUAAAUGAGCCGACACAGCAGAGAACAGACAACGAUGUGGUGAGGGUUACACGAUUCUGAAGCAAAACGUCAGUUUUUGGCAAUGAUUUGCCAUGAUUUUUUUUUUAUAUUUAUUCACUUUAAAUGUCUUUGUGGGGUAUGUGAGCUAACUAGCAAAACUGUUCAUAUUUUACAUUUUUCAGUAACUUAUUUGCAAACUUUAUUGUAAUUAUUGGUGUAAACUGUGUUAUGAUUUGGGCAAUGAGUGCAAUUUUUAAAUGUCUCUGAACAUCUGAUGUAAAACAAAUUAUAUUUUCUUCUGAAAAUAA